AAAAAAAAAGAUAUAAAAAAAAAGAUAUAAAAAAUAAAAAAAAAAUAAAAAAUAUAUAUAUUUAAUUUUAGUAAUAUAUAGUAAUUAUUUUUUUACAGUUUUUGUUUUAUCUAUAUAAUGUUCAUUUUGUUUUUAUUAUAAUAAUAAUUUAACCAAGUAUCAUAUAUGUUAAUUGUUAUUGGCAAAUGGGGUUAAAGUAUGUGUGUGUGGUAAUUAAAAAAAUAUAAAAAUAAAUUUUUUAUUUUUUGUACUGUUUAUUUUUUAAUUUCUUUAAAUUGUUUUUUUUUUUUAUUUUUUUUUUAUUAUUUCAAUUUUAUUUAAGCAAGUAAUUAUAAUAACUUUAAUAAUAAUAUUGAGGGGUGUUACAAAUAGUUUAAUAAUAUGAUAUCACUAGAAAAUAGUUCAUUAGAAAAUAAUUCAGAAACAUACCAAAAAAAAGAAACAGAAGUUGAAAAUUGGUUACCUAUUAUCGAUAUUUCAAAUUUACAAACUGAGGCUGGCAAAAAGAUAAUUGCAAAAGAAAUUCAUGAUGCUUGUAAAGAGUUUGGAUUCUUUUAUAUAAGGGGUCACGGUAUCGAGGAAUCCCUUAUUGAAAAUUUAGAAAGUGUAGCAAGUAGAUUCUUUUCAUUGCCUCUAGAUGUUAAAAUGAAAUGGAAGAUGAAUCAAGUUAAAAGAGAUUGGCUUGGCUUCUUUAAAGUAGGACAAGAAAUAACCUAUGGCGCAAUCGAUCAUAAAGAGGGUGCCUAUUUGGAUGUUGAGCAAAGUGGGGAUAGUGAUCCAUCAAGAGGUAUCCAUCUAUACCCAACACCAGAGGAAGAGGAACUAUAUGGUAUUGUUGGUUUCAAAAAUACUAUUGAAACCUAUAUUAAACAAUUAACUGUUAUAGGCAAAGAAAUCAUGCAAGCAAUUGCAUUAAGUUUAAAUUUACCAUCAACUUAUUUUGAUGAUAAAUAUUCAAAUCCAUCAACAUUAAUGGGAAUACUCAAUUAUCCUUCAUACCCUAAAAACCCAGAUGAUUCAUCAGAGGGGCGUUUUGGCACCAAUGAGCACACAGAUUGGGGAUGUUUAACAAUCCUUCACAGAACUGUUGAGGGAUUACAGGUUAAAUCUGGUGAUGGAUUCAUUGAUGCACCACCAGUUCCAGGUGCAUUUAUCUGUAAUAUUGGUGAUAUGUUAGAUCGUAUAACUGGUGGAUACUAUUUAUCAAAUGUUCACAGAGUCAAAUUAAACACCAGUGGUAGUAAUCAAAUCACAUAUCCAUUCUUUUUAGAUCCAAACUGGGAUUCAGUACCACAAUUAAUUGAAGGUAUACCAAAAGUUCCACAACCAGCUCGUUGGGAUAACCACAAUAUUCAUCAAUUCAAAGGUACUUAUGGCCAAUACUUUAUGACAAAGGUAGGAAGGGUAUUCCCAGAAUAUGUUUAUAAUGAAGAAAAUAAGAGUAACGUUCAUAAAUAAAUAAAAAUAAAAAUAAUAGAAUUUAUUAUUUUUAUUAUUAUUUUUUAAACC